AUGAUGUCUGGAUCCGGACCAAUGAUGCGAUCAUUUGAAGCCAUUGUUUCGAAUACGACUUGCACCCAAAAACUGGAAAUGGUGCUUUUGUUUUUGUCGCGGUUGUGCUUGCCCUAUUCAUCGAGUAAUGCUGGCACUGGUGCCGGUCGCGUCAUCUCAUUCAAAGAUGUUUUUUGUUCUCAAAGAAACGAGGAAUGGCUGAAAGGCGUGACCACAGCGAAAGAAACUUGCGACGCACAAGAGCUCGAUGAAAACCCGUGA